UCAGUCCCAGCUGCAAACACCACCGCAUUUUGCUUUCCUCCAAAACCACGUACAUGUCUGAAUGAUCCAAUACUCGGUCAUGGGCUGCCAAGAUCAUUAAAAAUAUCUACUUCGUCAUGGCAGUCACUCCGUGGCAAUUCAAGUUUUUCGAUGUCUCCGAAGUCAAACUUCCUCCCGAUGAGAGCGCAUUCCUCUCCGAGACAGGCAACGUGACCUCGGUCGUCUCCGGCUCCGAAAGCAUCUUCUUUGGCACUGCUGAUGGCUUCGUUCGCAUUCUCUCGCCCGCCUUCAAGGUCGUGCGCUCCUUCCAGGCCCACGAUGCCGGAUCCAUAACCCACAUGAAGCAGGUCCAGGGCACCUCUCUUCUGGUGACCGUGGCCGAAGACCUCUCCAGCGAACCCGUACUCAAGGUGUGGGCGCUCGACAAGCUGGAAAAGAAGACGGGCAUUCCCAGGUGUCAAAGCACCCUUACUAUCCACAAUGGCCGGAAGCAGUUUCCCAUAUCAGCCUUCGCUGCCCUCGAUGAUCUCUCUCAGUUAGCUGUCGGUUUCGCAAACGGAGCUGUCACUGUGGUGAGGGGGGAUCUUAUCCAUGACCGCGGAGCCAGACAGCGGACCGUCUUCGAAUCCGAAGAGCCCAUCACCGGCAUAGAAUUCCGGGAGGGCAGCAUCACCACUCUGUACAUUGCUACCACAGGCCGCAUCUUGACGCUGGUCAUUUCGGGGAGGGGUCAGGGCCAGCCUGCGAAGUCGCUUGACGAAUAUGGUUGCGGGGUGGGAUGCAUGGCUGUGGACAAGGCGACCCGCGAUGUCGUUGUUGGGAGAACAGACGCCAUCUACUACUAUGGACAGCACGGUCGAGGGCCGCCAUAUACAUACGAGGGCGAGAAGAAGGUGGUCACCAUGUUUAAAGACUAUGUGGCCAUUGUCGCACCCCCAAAAUCCAAUGUAAUGCCUCGCACGAAUCCUCUUCGCGCUUUUGGUAUGGGCGCAUCCGACGUGUUCAAUACCUCUACCUUUACACUUCUCAAUACCGAAUUGCGUUUCAUCGCGCAUCAGGAGCAAAUGUCGACCGAAGUCAAGGCCAUUGUAUCAGAGUGGGGAGAUUUGUUCGUGCUGACUACCGACGGGAAGAUCUUCCGGUAUCACGAGAAGCCCUUUGCACAGAAGCUUGAGAUUUUGUACCAACGCAAUCUGCAUGUGCUUGCCAUAAACAUGGCCCAAAAGGCUGGUCUAGACUCCUCGCAGCAGAACGUCAUAUUGCGAAAGUACGGCGACUACUUGUACCAAAAGCAAGAUUACGACACUGCAAUGCAGCAGUACUUGAAGGCUAUUGACAGCACAGAGCCGUCUCAAGUGAUAAGAAAGUUUCUCGAUACGCAAAGGAUCCACAACUUAAUAGAGUACCUGGAAGAACUCCACGACCACCACAAAGCAACCUCAGACCAUACCACUCUUCUUCUAAACUGCUAUGCCAAACUCAAAGACGUAGCGAAAUUAGAAGAGUUUAUCAAGUCUGGUGACGACCUUAAAUUCGAUCUUGACACCGCCAUCCUGAUGUGCCGCCAAGGUGGUUACUUUGAUCAAGCCGCAUAUCUGGCCCGGAAGCACGGCGAGCACGAACUUGUCGUGGAUAUACUCAUUGAAGACUCGAAGCGUUAUGCAGAGGCACUCGCUUACAUGUGGAGACUGGAGCCCGAAACCGCCUUUUACAACCUCCUAAAGUAUGCCACCGUACUCCUCGAGCAAUGUCCAAAAGAUACCACGCAAUUCUUCAUCGACUACUACACGGGCAACUUUAGACCGAAAAAAGACGCCAUCGUGAUACCGAAUGCCCCUUCUCCCUCAGGCAUGGGCUUGGGAUUGGGCGUUGCGUCCAGCGCAGUACAGAACCUCGCCGCAUUGCUGCCUCUCCCGUACAUGAACACCAGCGCCGUCGCCACACCACCGGGAGGCGAAUCCAAAUCAACCAUCAGUCAGGCGCAAAUCGUUGAAACCAACACUGAUGACCCUGCCCCCGAAUACAAAAUCCCCAAACCGCGCUCCGCCUUCUCCGCCUUCGUUGACCACGCCCCCGAAUUCAUCGUCUUCCUCGAAGCCUGCAUCCGAUCCUCCAACCUCCGCGAAGAUGACAAAGUAGACCUCUACACCACCCUCUUCGAAAUGUACCUUCACACGGCAUCUCUCCAGAAAUCCUCAUCCGCCCGCGAAGAAUGGGAAGCAAAAGCAAAAUCACUCAUCCAGUCGCCCAACAACAAACAACCAAACCCAAUCGACACCUCCAACGUCCUCCUCCUCUCACACCUCUCCAACUUCCGCACAGGUACAAUUCUAGUCCGCGAACAACAGGGUCUUCACUCGGACAUCUUCCGCUCCUAUACCUCGACAAAUGACGUCCGCGGCGCCCUAAACGCCCUCCAUAAGUACGGACCCCUCGACCCGUCCUUAUAUCCCGCCGCCCUAGCAUACUUCACAUCCUCCCCUUCAAUCCUGCAAGAAGCAGGCCCCGAGAACCUCUCCGCCAUCCUCGAUAAAAUCGAUACCGACGGCCUCAUGGCUCCACUGCAGGUCAUCCAGACGCUGUCCGCGAACGGCGUUGCUACCAUGGGCAUGAUCAAGAGUUAUCUCGGAACCACCAUUGCCAGAGAGCGAGACGAAAUCAGCGCAAAUCGCGCUACCAUUGAAACACUCCGCCAGGACACGGAAACCAAGAAGGACAAGCUCAAAGAUCUGCAGAACAAACCCGUCGUCUUCCAAUCGUCCCGCUGCAAAGUCUGCGGCGAGUCGCUGGAUCCGCCCAUGUUGCAUUUCCUCUGCGGGCACAGCUUCCAUCGCCGCUGUCUUACCUCUUCUUCCUCUUCUUCUGGUUCUUUCGGCGUCGGAGGCGGCAGGGAUGUCGAGGCUGAUGAGAGCGUCGAGUGUGCGGUUUGCAGCGGGCAGAAUCAGACUGUGAGGGCCAUUCGCCGCGCGCAGGUCGAGAGCGCGGAGCGCCAUGAUUUGUUCAGGGAGCAGUUGGGCAGGGGCAAGGAUGGGUUCGCCGUUGUUAGCGAGUGGUUUGGGAGAGGCGUUUUGGGGGGCGAUGUUUGAAGUGCAGCGCAGCCUGGGAUAUAUAUCCCCUAGUAGAUAGACAACACGAAG